ACUUUAUAGGCCAUUUUAUCUUCAGCUGACCAAUAUACCUUUUAUAAAUUAUUCUAUUCAGAAGCCCUGCGGUCCAUUUGAUGUAGAUAAGCUGUCUAGCAUCCAAAAGCAAACUCAGGCUAAACUAAGAAUCCAAAUGGAUGGCAAUAAAUGUGGUGGAACCCCAAUUCAACUCCAGUUGAAAGAGAAGAAAAAAAAAGGAUAUUGUGAAUGUUGCUUACAGAAAUAUGAAGAUCUUGAAACUCACCUUCUAAGUGAACAACACAGAAACUUUGCGCAGAGUAACCAGUAUCAAGUUGUUGAUGAUAUUGUAUCUAAAUUAGUUUUUGACUUUGUGGAACAUGAAAGGGACACACCUAAAAAGAAAAGAAUAAAAUACAGUGUUGGAUCCCUUUCUCCUGUUUCUACAAAUGUCCUGAAAAAGACUGAAUCAAACGAAAAACUAGAGUUGCGACAUAUUUCUCAGAAAGACUUCAGAGGAAAUAAUAUACAGGUGAUUGAGCAGAAUUUCCUGUAUAAAGAAACCCAGGAACCUGACCAAAAGCGUGUGUUUGUUUCAGAACCUAUCCCCUGCCCUUCAAAUGAAUUGAGACAACGUAAUGAGAAAACAACUAAUAAAUGUUCGACGUUAAAUCUAGCUGAAAAUGACAUAAAAGAGAAUUUUACACAGCUGCCUCCACAUAAAAAUAAACAGGAAUGCAUUCUUGACAUUUCUGAACAUAAGUUAAUUAUAAAUGAAAAUGGCUUAGAAGAAAUAAGGGUAGGUUGCUGUCCAUGUAGGCUACAGGCAUCUACACAAGUUUCUAGUUGCAAUAAAGAUAAUAGCUCAUCUCAACUAAAACAAAAGUCAAAUGCUGCGUUUUUUCCAGCAAAGGAUCUGAGGGAAAAGGACCUUCAUUCAGUAUUUGGUCAUGCUUCUGGUUUGAUAACGGUAAACAGUUCACAAGAGCAUGUAACAAUUCAGGCAAAGACUCCCUCCCAUAAUCUUCCUGAGGAACCCAAUGAAUGUGACAUCAAAAAUAUGGAUAGUUUGCCUUCUGGUAAAAUCCAUCGAAAAGUGAAAAUAUUGGGACGAAAUAGAAAAGAAAAUCUGGAACCAAAUGCUGAAUUAGAUAAGAAAAGAACUGAAUUUCUUAUUACACAAGAAGAAAACAGAAUUUGUAGCUCACCAGUACAAUCUCUACUGGAGUUAUUUCAGACUAGUGAAGAGAAAUCAGAAUUUUUGGGUUUUACAAGCUACACGGAAAACAUGGGUAUAUGUGAUGUUUUAGAUAUUUGGGAAGAGGAAAAUUCAAAUAAUCUGUUGUCAAUGUUUUUCUCUUCCCCUUCAACUUCUACAUUUACUGGCUUUUAGACUUUAAAAAAAUAAAUAUGUUUCAAAAAUGAUAAGGAUCAUAUUGAAAUUUUUAUAAAUAUGUAUAAAAGUUCUUAGGAUUCUUUUGCCAACUUUGUUUACAGAACCAAAUGUAAAUAUUAACAAUAAAGAUGAUUGCAAUUUUCUACAGAAUUGAAAACCCAUCAUAGGAAAAUUAUAGAAUAAACUUGUGACUUGUCUUAUUUUACUAUAAUUGUUUUCUGGGAAUUUUAAUGAAUAUUAUAGUUUGCUUUAUGUCACUGAAAACUAAUUUCAAGUGAAAUUUUGAGAAUAUAAAAAGUUACCAUAAAUCUAGAUAUUAUGAUUAUAUCUAUUGUCUAUUAAAAUAGAUUCCCAUGUU